AUGUCAGUUCUGAAAGAAACUAAUAAAUUAAUUAAUCAUUCAUUAAAUCUAACAUCUAAAUUAAUUGAAUCGGAUACUAAUGUUUCAAUAAUUGAUUUAAAUAUGUUAGAGAAUCUUAAUACAAAUCAAUCAUUAAAUUAUAUUAAACUUGAACAGAAUUUAAAUCAAUUAGAAUUAAAUUCAAAUCAUUUAAAACAAUUGAAAUCAGAAUUUAAUAAUCAUUUAAUUGAAUUAAAUUAUAUUGAAGAUAAAAUAUUAAUAAUUGAAGAUUUAAUUAAUGAAAUUAAUAAAUGGUCAAUUGAUUUACAAUUACAAUUACAACAUCAUCAACAACAACAACAACAACAACUGCAACAUUAA